GCGGUCAUCUGUCAACGUAGCGUGUUGUGGGAUUUAAUUUGUUCACAAUAUUCGCCUAUAUAGUUAUUUAAAAAUGUCUUUCAAAGUAGCUAUAAGGAGUUUUAAGACCCUCGCAUAUGUCGAAAGUUACAAGAAAAUUAGAGAUCGGCCAUUAACCUACUACUUUGCGGCCAUAAUAGGGGCAGGAUGUGUCACAUACAAUCAAUACAAACAAAACAAAAAUAAAGUUGAGGCAAAGGAAAUAAUGCAGCUCAGGAACUACAUGGCUGAUCCUGUGACACCAAUCAGCCAGUUGGAGAAGAAUCCAGAUGAUAUGAAGACACAGAUGGAACUGCUUAUCAUGAGAAUACAGUCAGAAUUCUGUAGGGCUUUGGAAAAAGAAGAGGAUGAGGCAUGGGAAGACGAAAAAACAGCUGACGAGUAUGAUUAUGACAACGAUGUAUUUUUACCAUCGCCGGAAUCAAAGUUCAAAGUAGAUCGUUGGAUACGAAAAGAGGGUGGAGGAGGGAUUACGUGCGUUUUACAAGAUGGUAGGGUGUUUGAAAAGGCUGGCGUCAACAUAUCCGUGGUUUCUGGAAAGCUGCCUCCUGCUGCCGUCCAGCAAAUGAAAAGCAGAGGUAAAAACUUUGAGAACAAAGAGCUACCGUUCUUUGCGGCUGGCGUGAGCGCUGUCAUCCACCCGCGCAACCCCAUGGUGCCCACCAUACACUUCAACUACAGAUACUUCGAGGUCGAGGAUAAGAAUGAGGUCCACUGGUGGUUUGGAGGUGGUACAGACUUGACUCCCUAUUACCUUAACGAAGAAGACGCGAUACAUUUCCAUAUGACACUCAAACAUGCCUGCGACGCGCACGAUGCCAGCUACUAUGAAAAGUUCAAGAAAUGGUGUGAUGACUAUUUCCAUAUCACCCAUCGGGGAGAACGACGGGGUGUAGGAGGAAUAUUCUUCGAUGAUAUCGACCACCCCAAUCAGCAAAGUGCCUUUGAGUUCGUAACGUCGUGCGCCGAAGCAGUUAUACCCAGUUAUUUACCAAUAGUUCAAAAGCACAAGGAGGAUGCCUACGGUUAUUAUGAACGCCAGUGGCAGCUGCUCCGUAGAGGUCGAUAUGUUGAAUUUAAUCUGAUAUACGACAGAGGCACUAAAUUUGGCCUCCACACUCCCGAAGCCAGAUACGAAUCCAUACUUAUGUCGCUUCCCUUAAAUGCUAAAUGGGAGUACAUGCAUGAACCAAAGGCGAAUUCACCAGAAGCAAAAUUGAUGCAAGUACUAAAGGAACCGAGAGAUUGGCUUUACAUUCAAAAAACAAAAAGCUCAACAACUUAAUUAUAGAUUAAACCCUAAAGAGCUCUCCCAAUCCUCUAAAUGGUGUAUUAAUAGUGAUUUUAUGUAUGUUCCUGUACUAAACAUGGACAAUAAAAGUUUUCCUACCCAUGACUUUCAUAGGCUUAUGGUGUGGUUGAGGGAUAAAUACAUUAAAAAAAUUGUAAAUAUUCAAUUAUUUUUUUAUAAAGUUGCAGGACCAACAUUACGGUAACCAAACUGAAAACCGCAAACUGCUCUAAGCCUCAAACUUUAAAUAUAGUAGGAUAUUGUUUUUUUUUUGUAAUAAAUAAUAAAAAAAAUACGAAAUA